AGCCAGCCUUGCACUGUAGGAUAGAGAAAUUUAAAAACCGAACCCAGCAUAGACAAAGGAAAACAUGGAUGCACUGAGGAAAAUUCCCGUUAAACAGGCACCAGAGAGGAUGCGGUGGUAUUCCUGCACAUAGUCGGAGUUAUGCACGGAUAAUUUCCUCGUUUUUAAUGAGGCGGGUGGGCACUCACAGCAAGCUGAAAAGACGGACAGAUUCCUCCGACCCGUCUGUGAAUUCUGCCUGCCUGCGAUGGCUGUGACGGCACGAUGCUGUUACAGUGUAAAUGAGAAUGUGCCUUUUUCUUUAUAUGUUGUUAUUUUCAUACUGAGUAGCCUUACAAAUGCACAAAUUCGAUACUCCAUUCCGGAGGAGCUGGAAAACGGGGCAUUGGUCGGUGACAUUGUCCGGGAUUUUGGUUUGGACCUGAGCAAACUUUCCACACGACGCGUCAGAAUCACUUCUGACAGUGGACGGAGAUAUUUCACCAUAAAUCACAAAACAGGCAAGCUGGUUGUGAGUGAUCGCAUUGACCGAGAGACAGUUUGUGAAUUCAGUGGCACCUGUUCACGCAACCUUGAGGUGGUAUUAGAGAAUCCACUGGAGGUGCACAACGUGGAGGUGGACAUUUUAGACGUUAACGAUAACGCGCCACAAUUCCCUCGAGAUGAAUAUCAGCUCGAGGUGUCCGAGUCCGCUCUCACCGGUUCGCACUUUCGCAUAGAGGGAGCUCAGGAUGCAGAUGAUGGUUCCAACUCUGUGAAGCAGUACCGCCUCAGCCCAAACGACCACCUCACUCUGGACUCUAUUAAGCCCUUUUCAAAUAAUAAGCACAUCGACUUUAUUCUUAAAAAGCCCUUUGACCGCGAGCAGAAACCCUCUCAUCAGUUAAUCCUGACAGCAAUGGAUGGAGGCACCCCACAGAGAACUGGCACUGCCAAAAUCAAUGUACGUAUACUUGAUGCCAAUGACAAUGUACCUGCGUUUGACAUCUCUGUGUACAAAGUAAAAUUGUACGAAAACUCUCCAAAGGGUGCACUUGUGAUCAAGUUAAAUGCAACAGACCCUGAUGAGGGCUCAAAUGGGGAAGUGUUUUAUUCCUUCAGCAGUUACACGCCAGAAAGAGUCAGACAUAUGUUUUCCAUGGACACAGAAACAGGUGAAAUUAGGGUGAAAAACAACAUAGACUACGAAGAGACAAACUCUUAUGAAAUGUACAUACAGGCUAUGGACAAGGGGCCAGCUGCUGUGGCAGUUCACUGUAAAGUAGUCGUAGAAGUUUUGGAUGUCAAUGACAACAUUCCUGAGAUUAUACUGUCUUCACUCUCCAGUCCUGUACGUGAGGAUGCCCGGGCUGACACAGUUGUAGCAUUGAUCAGUGUGAAUGAUCGUGACUCUGGAAAAAAUAAACAAGUUUCCCUUGAUAUCAUGCCCAAUCUGCCUUUUAGGAUCAAGUCUUUCCGGAACCACUAUACUAUUGUUACCUCUGCUUUCCUAGACCGGGAAACCAUCUCAUCCUACAAUGUCACUGUCAAUGCUGUGGAUGGAGGCACCCCAGCCCUAUCAUCUCAAAUGACCUUUAAGGUUGCUGUUGCAGACGUGAAUGACAACCCGCCUCGUUUUGAACAGACAUCCUAUACCGUUUAUAUUACAGAGAACAAUGCUCCUGGUGCACCUUUGUGUGUUGUUAAAGCCACAGAUGCUGAUGCUGCUGAAAAUGCACGCAUCACCUAUACUGUCCUGAAUGACAACAACCAUGGCAUCCCUGUUGCCAGCUACAUCAGCAUCAAACCUGCCAAAGGUGAAGCCUAUGCCCUGCGAGCCUUCGAUUUUGAGAAGUUGAGAGAGUUUCACUUUCAGGUUAAAGCCCAGGACAAUGGUGUGCCUCCCCUAAGCCGUGUGGCCACUGUGUAUGUUUACAUUAUGGAUCAGAAUGACCAUGUGCCCAGGAUAGUCUCCCCACCUUCCAAUGGCAGCCGCUCCACAGAAACGCUGAUGAAAAACGCUGAAGCAGGAGCAUUGGUUACCAAGGUAACAGCGUGGGAUGGUGACGCCGGGCAGAAUGCUUGGCUGCUCUACGCCAUUGAGCAGACAAACACAGACCUUGACCUGUUCAAGGUGCAUGAGUACACCGGCGAGAUACGCACCACAAGGCGGGUCAUUGAGGACAACUCCACCUCCUUCAUCUUGACAGUGCGAGUACAUGAUCAUGGUUUACCGCCGCUCUCCUCCACAGCCACCAUCCAUGUGCACGUGAUGGAGCUUCCUCCAAAGUUGACCCCUGACCCUAAGCGUAUCAUCCGACCGAACAGCCCCCUGAUGUUUUCCAACGUCACCCUCUACCUCAUCAUUGCUCUUUGUGCAACAACUUUUGUGUUCCUGGUCACCAUCUUUGUGCUGGCCAUUGUGCGUUGCCAUGCGUACUGCACCCAGCCUGGCUCCUGCUCCCCAUGUUGUGUAUCCAAGAAAAGUGUUCCAGAAGGUGGCACCGCAGCAGUUGGUGGUGGGGCAGGAGGAAGAGCUGCACGUGGAGGUGGUGGUGGUGCUGGUGGUGCUGGUGGCGGAGGGCAACCAAACGACAAUGUGGCCAUGCGACGUGACCUCAAAGGGGAACCGCAUUAUAUUGAAGUGCGGGGAAAUGGGUCUUUAACUAACACAUAUUGUUACAAGACAUGCAUGACAGCCACGUCAGGAAGCGACACAUUUAUGUUCUACAACACGGGACGGCCACACAGUAGCACCUGGGGCUCAGGCUACGUCACCAGCCACAGCGGACAGAGCCAGUUAAUUGUACGGCGACUCAGUAUGCCAGAUGCAACUGUUCAGCCCAGAGUGCAGAGUGCCGACUGGAGAUAUUCAGCCUCACUGAGAGCAGGCGGUAUGAUGCAGAGCUCAGUGCACAUGGAAGAGUCCGCAGUAAUGCAAGGAGCCCAGGGUGUCCUGGUUCAGAACUGGCCCACUGCGUCUAGCGCUGCUGAUGCUGAAGGGGGAGAAGUUUCCCCCCCAAUGGGUGCUGGCGUAGACAGCAACAGCUGGCACUUUCGCUAUGGCCCCCCCGGCUGUCCUGGUGGACCCCCGCAGCACCUGAAACCUGGCGAUGUUCCCCCAGAAGCCUUCAUCAUCCCUGGAUCGCCCGCCAUCAUAUCCAUCAGACAGAACCAGGGAGGAGAGGACGACAAGAGCGAUUUCAUCACCUUUGGAAAAAAAGAGGAGGCCAAGAAGAAGAAGAAGAAGAAGAAGGAGAAGAAAGACAAGAAGGAUAAGGGGAAGGAUGAUGGAGAUGAGUAGAGGAGCAGAAAGAGUAACUAAUAAAGAAGAAAAGGGCGCUGUUAAAACAGAGGUACCAACCAAAGUCCACUGGGUAAAGAGAAA